CCGCAAGAGUCUGAGACCUCUUGGCCUCCUCGGUCGCCCCACGAAGCCCUCAUGAGCACCCCGAAAGGUCGCCAGCGCUACCGAGAAAUGAUGAAUCAGACCUCGCCGACACCCACGCCCUCUCCAUCCAAGAGCAGCAGGGCUACGGCAUCGGUCAUGGCGCGAUCCGGGGCGCUUCAGGAACAGAUGGAUGACGAUGACGACGAUGACGAUGAGGAGACGCUCCAGCUGAAGCUGCAGGAGAUCCAGGCUCGAUUGAAGCUGAAGAAGCUGCAAAAGGCCCGCGAGAAUGCCGCCCAGGGCAGACACUCUCGCUCAAACUCUGUUACGUCGAGCGUCCAGCCACGGCGCGCUGCUCGCGGGACUACACCAACGCCGGAACAUCCACGGCCUGCAUCCCAAAAUAUGGUGCAGGUCCCUGCGUCUCCCGUCCGGAAAAUACAGCCUCCACAGGAUCCAAAAUCACCAAGUAGAGUGCUGUUGGGCAUCGACAAGGGGCUGCGGGCAAAGGAUGUUUCUCUAAAACGCGCCCCAAGCUUUCGAAGGCCGGUAAGCAUCGAUAGGGCGGCGCAGAGAAGCUAUUCAGAGAAGCCAAAGGCAGCUAGUCCAUCAGGAAUGUCAUCACCCGAAGGAUUCCGGUCACUCAGCUUCAAUGAGCGAUUGGCCUCUGUAAGAUCAGAAGAGGUGUCUCGCACCGAAAGGCAAGAGAGGAUAUCAAAGCUGAGAUCCAGUGCUUUCGUCGGAAUUGGCAAGGAGGAAAUGGAAGAAUACAAGAAGAAUGCCGUCGACAUUCCGGACGAGCCUUUGCAGGCCCCGACUUUUAGCAGGGACGAGGUCCUGGGCAAAUCGAAACCACCUUCCUCGCAAGGCCGUAAAAACAGCUUGCCGACUAGUGACAUCUCCACGGAAGAGCAAGGAUCAUUUGAACCUUACUCUAGCAUACAUCUUUCCAAACGGAUAUUACCCAAUCGAGUCGUAGCCAGGCAUGUUUCUGGCAAGAAAAUAUUUAAUAUCAAAGAUCUACUGCGAGAGGUCAAGGGUCCAGACUUUGCUCUGCCAGAUGUCGAAGAGGACAUCAUCGUCUUUGCGAUUGUAGCAAAAAAGUCAGAACCCCGAGCGCAUAAGCCCGCCGCGGGGAAGAACGGACAGAAAGACGAGGACCGUGGCAAGUACAUGGUACUGACUCUGGUUGACUUGGAAUACGAACUGGAUCUAUUUCUAUUCAACUCGGGCUUCACUAAAUACUGGAAGCUCACAGAAGGCACUGUUGUCGCCAUUCUCAAUCCCAAUGUUAUGCCACCACCACCUGGAAGACAAGAUACUGGACGUUUUAGCCUGGUCAUUAAUUCCGACGAGGACACGAUUCUCGAGGUUGGGUCAGCCCGCGACUUGGGCUUCUGCCAAGCAAUCAAAAAGGAUGGAGAACUGUGCAGGUCUUGGGUGAACAAGAAGCGAACGCAAUUCUGCGAGUUUCAUUCCAACGAGGCCAUCCGGAAGCAGCGAAGUGCACGAAUGGAAGUCAACUCGAGUGGCUUUGGCACUCGCUCUCGUUUUCAGGGCAAAAACUCUGCAGAAGUUUUUGAGCCGGCCAAGAAGAAAAACACCGACUACGACUGGGAGACCAAGACGCAUUGGUAUGCGGCGCGAGGGCAUACGGCUUCAGAGCUACUUGACGGCAAAGACCGAGAUCCUUCAGACAGGAAGGACAAGGCCGAGUUUCUACGACGCAAUAUGGAAGCCAAGGAAAAGGAGCGCGAGAUGAUGAAGAAGCUUGGCGAAGUCGGCAAUGCCGCUGGGAAAGAAUACAUGCAGCGCGCAAGAUCUCGAACCGAUGCAGGCCUGGCACCCAGCAGCAUGAGCUCGAGCCAGCAGCUCUUCAACACAGCAGAUCCCUUUACUGAACCCGAAAAGCCAGAUGCGGCCUCGCUCGGCCUCCUCGACAAGGCUCGUGACAUCCACCUCAGCCCUGUGAAGAGGAAACGGACGGGUAGUUCUCAGACUGGAUCUCUUACGCGGAGCAACAGUAGCAAUAGUAAUAGUACUACUCACAGCAGGCCGCCCGGCCUUGGCUGGGGCGGCGCGUUAAAGGACAAGCUGUCGAGCAUGAAGGAAGGGGAGAAGCUCAAGCCAGAGCAACCACCGCUUCGGAAGAAGACACGGUUUGUCACGGAAAAGGGAAUCCGAGAGGCUGGCCGCGAGAGCCUUGGCAACUUGUCCGAAAGGAAUCUGGCCGACCGGCAGGUGAUCUUACCCGACGACGAUGACGAGCUUGUCAUCGUG